AUGGUUCAGAAUUUCGCUGUUUUCCUGACUCUUUCUCUUUUUGGCGGCUCACUGGGAACAACCACCUCACCUCAGCAACAAACUGACGCUUCAAAAUUACAAGACUUAUGCCAGGUAAGAAAUGCAUAAAGAUGUAAAAAGGACUACUGCACCCUAGAUUAGGUACACCCAGAAAGCGUUUUAUUACUCUCACGUCGUUAUGAUCAUUUAUUAAAAAGUACCCGUUAAAAGUUUAUGGCAGUUUAUUUAAAGGUCCUCGCUUCAGCAUGAUCUUUCCUCGAAAACCUGAAGCCUGUCCAUUGUUAAUUGUUAAUUUUCUCUGAUUCCAUCCACCAUUCGAGACGAGAUAACGAUUUAAGAGGAUUAUGAUAUUCAAGGUUCAUUCCGUGCCUUGAAAACAAGGGAGACGGCUGGCGGGUAUAGACUUCGUCCAUUUUGGUUCGGAAUCAUUGUUUGCCUGAGAGCCACAGGCGUGUAUGAACGUAUUUAUCGUUUCAAUUCCAAAUAAGAAGGAAAUAUAAAUAAUUACGCGAGUUAUUUUUCGUUGCUGUUCUAAAUUAAUCUAAGUAAUUAUGACAUGCAUAAUUUCUUCGAAACAAGGUCUGAAAACUGGUAUGGAUUUUAGAGGCCAAGUCUGAAAACGGGUUUAAAAAUGACGUGAUUUGGUCUGAAAUAGAGUCAGGAUUAGGAGAACCGGGUGGCACACCACCACCGCCAAGAAUUCCUAGGAGUAUCCCCCGCCUCGAGUUAUCUAAGAUCCCGUUUCGUCUUCGUCUCUGCUAAGUGCAGGUCAUCUUUUUUUCAACUUCAGCGAUCUAUGCUGGGUUUCCCUGGUAUUCCUGGACCAAAUGGUAUACCGGGAGUGCCGGGAGUGCCGGGCGUCCCGGGGCCACACGGACCCCAGGGAAGAGAAGGUGUAAAAGGACAAAUUGGUGAUAAAGGAUCAGAUGGAAUGCCGGGUCCAAGAGGAGACAGAGGGCGCGAAGGACCCCCUGGGAAGAGUGGACCACGAGGAAUUCAGGGAAUGAAAGGAGAGCGCGGAGCUGUGGGAAUUAAAGGAGAGCGAGGAAUUGUGGGAAAUCAAGGAAGAAAAGGAGAGAAAGGAGAGAAAGGAGAAAGCGUCAAAGCAAGUCAAGCAAGUGUAGUACCACAAACCAACUGGAAACAAUGUGUAUGGAAAUCAGACAGCGACACUGAUAACGGAAAGAUUAAGGUAAUUAGAAUAAGAAUCAUUAAUAACACACUCCAAAAAAAAAAGUUAAAAAAAAAAAAAAAAAAACUAAGUUACAUCUCCCUCUACUUUGGUUCUUUUUGAAAGAAAGAAAGAAAGAAAGAAAAAAACAUCGUGCGUGUUAAAAUGAUUCCUGGCCAUGUGGAUAAGGACAACAACAAUUGAAGUUAUUACAUAGUUUGUAAAAAAUUAGGAAGUAUUCUUGACUGGAGUAGUUAAUAUCAAUCAUUACACUUGGUUACUCGCCUUACUACAAUAUGUUUGAUUUGUUUGAUUUUAUUCCAGGACUGUGCGUUUAACAAACUACAGUCUAAUUCAGCGCUCAGAGUCUCAUUCCAGGGAAACAUGAGGGUCUCUGAUAAUUAUAAGUGCAAUCGGUGGUAUUUCAAGUUCAAUGGAAACGAAUGCAGUGGACCAAUGACGAUUGAGGCUGCUGUUAACAACAACUGGCCAUCUGGGAACCCUAAUCUGCUGCAUCAUCGGUCAUUUGAGGGGUACUGUGAAAACAUCUCGCAAGGGGCAGUUAGAGUGGAAUUAUGGGUAGGACAGUGCAGUGGCAGCACCCUGGGUGAUGCUUACACUGGGUGGAAUUCAGUGUCCCGGAUAAUGAUUGAAGAAGUUUGUAGGCCCCAGUCCUAA